AUGGAAACAAACAAUUUUCCUCUUGAACUUCUUGGAAAUGAUAAUUAUGCGAACUGGAGUGUCAAGAUGAAAAACUAUCUGUUGGGUCAAGGUCUUUGGGAUAUUGUUGAAACAAGCAGCUCGAAACCCCCCAAACCAGAUGAUGAUGUGGUUGAAUUUGAGGCUUGGAGGAAAAGGAAUGAUACGACUUUACAAGCAAUUCAAAGUUCAUGCGGGAUGGACAUACUAUCUCGGAUCAAUAACAAUUGUUCUGCAAAAAUUGUUUGGAAAAUGUUAGCUAAAAUGUUCAUGGAAAGUAAUGGACAUGACAAGUUAAUACAGACAGAAGAUGAUGAUUCGAGAAUUGAUGAAGAAAACUCUUCAAGUUCAGACAACACAGGGCAAGAGAGGGAGGAUGAUUAUCCGGACUUAGUCAAGGCUGUGCAAAGUAGGGAUUGGAUAACUGCAAGAGAUUUCCUCAAGCUCCACCCUACUGCAUCGACAGCAGUAAUUACACUUAUGGGUGGGACGGUUCUUCACGCUGCUGUUGAAGCUGAACAGGAACUUAUAGUGGAGGAGUUGGUCAAUAUGAUUUCGGAACAUGAUUUGGAAAUGCUAGAUAAUGCCGGCGAUACAGCUCUACAUUUGGCAAUUGCUAGUGGGAAUCACCGGAUGGCAGAGUGCCUGAUUACCAAGAACAGGAGGUUGGUUAGCCUUAGGAAUGCUAACGGAGAACUUCCAGUUGCUCAGGCUAUGGGCUAUGGACAUAAAGAAUUGGCUCGCUAUCUCUAUUCUCACACUCCGUUACGAUUUUUGGUGGAAGGCUACGAUGGUGCUUCACUUCUCAACCGUUCUAUCUAUUCCAGAGAUUUAGGUAACAAAUAUUACUGCAUGUUUUUUUCCUCUUCUAAUCAUUCAUUCCGGUGA